CCUCUAUUGAGGCGGAGAAAGGCCAGGGGCGCCGCCGAGGGAGAGGCUGGGCCAAGAUGGCCGCCCUGGCGUUGGGCCGGAGCCCCGGCCGCGAGUAAGGAGCAGCAGCUGCGGCUGCCGUCGCCUUCCUUGGAUUUGCUGCCAAAAGAUGCUCAGAGAUGAGAUCCUUUUCGUUUUUGUACUCCAACCCCAAUUUUUACUGAGUUGCCAUCAAGAGGUGAAUUUGGCCAUCUCACUUAGGGAUGACAAGUCAUGAUGUCAUACUAUGGCAAUACUGGAUCAGAAAUGUCAGUAAACAGCGCCUGUUCAUAAAACAGCACAGCACACGUUCAUGUUUGCCAAUAAUUGAAAUAUAUCUAUAUAUAGUUCCAUAUGAAUUUGAGCUUUUUUAAAUCUGAAAGAAUCAAUGAAAGGCAGAAAGCCCCGUUAUGAUGGAUCUCUGGUUCAGCUGACCAGAAGAUUCAUGGAUCUUGUCAAAGCUGCUCCAGAAGGAGUCCUGGAUUUGAAUGAAGUAUCUCGUUUGCUAGGAGUACGGAAGCGAAGAGUAUAUGAUAUUACAAAUGUGUUGGAUGGAAUACAUCUUGUUCAGAAAAGAUCCAAGAAUCAUAUUCAAUGGGUGGGUUCAGAUAUUAAGCAUAUUACUAAACGAACACCGGAGCAACAGAAGUUAAGAGAUGAACUCUGUGAUUUGACAACAAUGGAAGAAGCAUUGGAUGAAUUAAUCAAAGAUUGUGCUCAUCAGUUGUUUGACUUAACAGACGAUAAAGAAAAUGCAAAAUUAGCUUAUGUGACCUAUCAAGAUAUCAAUAACAUUCAGACAUUUCAAGAACAGAUUAUUAUUGCAAUUAAGGCUCCAGAAGGAACCAGAAUGGAAGUACCCCCUCCUAAAAAAGACUGCAUAGAAGUACACGUUAGAAGCACAAAAGGCCCCAUUGACAUUUACUUAUGUGAGGUGUCGUUAGAUAAUCCAGAUGUUAAAGCUUCUGAAAAUACAGAUGAACUUUCAUGCGAAAGCAAAUAGGCUGAUUUGCUGGAGUGAAUCAUAUGAAGAGUGGAAGAAAAAGUGAAGGAUUUGAUUUCUAAACUUCAGAUUCAAGGAUUUUCCAAGAUUUAAAUCACUGUGGACCAAUGCAGAGAUAACAGGUGUUUCUCUUAUUAUUAUUUUUUUUUUUAAAGAAUGAAAUUGUGGACACCUCACCUGAGAACUUGCUUCCUGUUUCAGGAAUUCCCAAUGGCAUAAAAGAGAAGAAUUAAAUGAACGUAUUUCCUUUAACCCUCUAUAUCAGAUCCAAGGUUUAUUUACGCUGGAAAAGUGACAGUUAACACAACACAAAUGCAGAGGCAUACACUAAGGAAUACUGCUUAAGCAAGUCGGUCUUAAGUUUUACAAAAGUGGCUUAGGUUUGUCUUCUGAUACAAGUCCACAUACUACCUGCCGUAAUUUAUUUCAUGUAAGUGGCUUCUUUUGCAGCUCAAUGAAUAGUAGCAUUUGGAUUACUUUUACUGCUCUUUCGAAAGAUAGCUCUUUGAAACUGAAGAAAUGUAUUAACGCUUGCUUGCACAACAGUUGCUCCAAGGUUGUUUUGAACAUGGAAUAAAAUAUAAAAAUCCAAAAGGGGAAAUGUGUUAUACAAGAAAACUAGAGUAGAAGAAAUAAGGUUUUAAAAAACAAGUCUGAAGAAAUUGAAAUUGCGUGGACCCAGCUUGUAUGCAUCAUGUUUAAAUGGUCAUUAAAUAAAAUUUGGGAGGCAGAACUGCACUCCUGAAUCUGUACAGCAAAUAAUAAUAAAAGUGUAAAUAUGGAAAGAAUGGACUCCUUUUGUCUUCUGUAAUUGAAUGGAACUUUAAAGUAAAAACUUCUGUAUUUACAGUACAUCUGUGCUGCAAUCUUACUAUUUAUUAGCAUUAAAGCUGAACUGAAUUACCAA